CACUCCUAGACCCGCGUGUCGCGUGUCCAGGCGGCCGGGCGUGAAGGGCCAGGUGCCGAGCCCUCCCUCAGACGCGGCGGCCAAGGCGUUGGCGCUGCCCUCCCGGAGCGGGGCGCCCUCGCACCCCACCCCGCCCCAGCCGCGCAGCCCAGAGUCCUGCACUUUCCUGGCGCUCACCGGCGGCUCCCCCUUCGCCGGCGACCCGGGCCUGGCCGGGGCGGAGCUGCGGCCUCCAGGGGCGGGCUCCCUUCCCCCGCCGACUGCCGCCAGGACCCGACGAGGGACCGCCCCCGCGCCCGCCGACGGCACCGCCGCGCUUUAAAAGCCUGUCCCGCGGCGCGUGGAGGCGCGGAGACCAGUGCGCCCCAGCCCCUGCAGCCGGCCGAGCAGUGUCAUGGCGGAGCAGGUGGCCCUGAUAAUCGGGGGCCUCGCUGGGGGGCUGCUGCUGCUACUGCUAUUGAUCUGGGUGAGCUGCUGUCUCUGGAAGAGGCUUUGUGCCAUGUUCACCUAUGAGGAGCUGCCAGGGACCACAGCUGCGUCCAGCACACAAGGGGACAAGCUCUGCCCACCAUAUGCCGCCAGGACCGAGACAAGCAGGCCACCAGGUGUGCCAUUCGUGGUGCCCCCUUCCUUCCAAGACCGAGACUGGGUACCCCUGAACAGUGGAGAGUGGGCUCAGGUCCCACGGGACCCCUGCCCAGCCCCGGAGCUCCUGCCCCACACCUCCAGCAGCAACCUUGGCAUGGUGGGGACCAUCAACCCAGAGCUAUACAAGUUCCUAGAGGACACGAGUGAGACGGACUUCCCUGAGGGUUGCCUGGGGCGGCUGUGGUUCUCCUUGGAAUACCAGCAGGAAGCCGAGCGGCUGUUGGUGGGCUUGAUCAAGGCGCGGAGGCUGCAAGGCCCCUCAGAGACCUGCAGCCCCCUGGUGAAGCUUCAUCUGCUGCCCGACGAGAGGCGCUUCCUCCAGUCCAAGACCAAACGCAAGACCUCCAACCCGCAGUUUGAUGAGCACUUCAUCUUCCAGGUGUCCAGCAAGAGCAUCACUCAAAGGGUACUAAGGUUCUCCGUGUACCACGUGGACAGACAGAGGAAGCACCAGCUCCUGGGCCAGGUGUUCUUCCCCCUGAAAAACGAAACCCUGGCAGGUGACUGCCCGCGCCUCAUCUGGAGAGACCUGGAGGCUGAGAGCCUGGAGCCUCCCUCUGAGUUUGGAGACCUGCAGUUCUGCCUCGGCUACAACAACUGCCUGCGCCGCCUGACCGUGGUCGUGCUUCGAGCCAAGGGCCUCCAGCUCCAGGAAGACACGAGUUUUGUCAUGGCUGUGAGCAACGGGGGUCCUGGCACCCAAGGUGGGCCGCGCCCUCCCAGCCAGACCUCCCACAGGCCAGAGGCUGGACCCCGCCCGCUCCUCCCGGCCCACAGUCUGCACUGCCCCGCAGGUGUGUGUGUCAAAGUGUCUCUGAUGAACCACAACAAGUUUGUCAAGUGCAAGAAGACUUCAGCUGUCCUGGGCUCCGCCAACCCCGUGUACAGCGAGACUUUCAGCUUCAAGGCCGACCCCGCUGAGCUGGACACUGCCAGCCUCAGCCUGACCGUGCUGCAGGUCACCGAAGGAGAGAAGAGCCAUGUGCUGGGCCGGGUGGUGGUGGGCUCCUACAUGUAUGCCCGGGGCAAGCAGCUGGAGCACUGGGACGAGAUGCUCAGCAAGCCCAAGGAGCUGGUGAAGCGCUGGCAUGCCCUCUGUCGCACCACUGAGCCCUGACCUGGCUCGCGCCCUCGGGUCUGCGGGGGAGCCUGCUCUCCUCUCCCCUGUGGCAGCCGCAGGCCUGGAUGCUCCAGCCAGCAUCUUGCUGGGCCAGGCCGGCCGGAGCCAGGGCACUGUGAGUGCCACCACGCAGGAGAGAAGGGACGAGGGAGCCCCAGCCAGCUUGGCAGCGUGGCUGGCUGCCACCCGCCAGCCUCAGGUACCCUCCCGACUCACUCCAUCCUCCUCUCCCCGUAGGGCUGCCUGGGCUCCGAAUCCCAGGCACCACAGUCCCGACUUGGACCGGAAUCUCAGGCAUUCAGAAGAAAUACUCUAUUCAGCGAUAGCAGAGCUGUGUGUGCUCACUGGAAACUUAGGCUCCACCAUCCCAGAAAGCUGAUGGCAUGUUGAUGCUAAACCUAUAUGGGCUCUGGUUUCCCUGCCUCCCGUCUAGCAGAGAACACAGACUGCGCCGGGGGAAUAAUGGGGUGCAGGGGGCGCCCAAAGCACUGAUUUCAGUUGGUCCACUAUAAAUAGCACAGUCUGAGAGUUGGGUUGGGCAGUUCAGUGUGGAACAGCCCCAGGAUUCCUGGGCAGCACGGCGUGCCCACAGCUCAGGAGAGAAAGCUCUCAGGGAUCAAGACUCGCUGGCUUUAGGACCUGGGAAAUAACAUUGGGAACAGCCCACCCAGGUACCAAGUGGCGGACGUGUUCUCAGCAUCCUGUCCCUGUGCCAGGGAGGAGGCCUUCACCUGUGUUAGGUCCCUCCCAGGGCUGGGUCAGACCCUGGCCCACAUCAUGCCACAUCUUGCCCAUAAUCCAAGCCUCAUGCCCCUGGUCUUACAGGUGUUCUAGUGGCUUCUGUGGUCUCCCUGGUUGACAGCUUUCAGCUCCUUGGGGCUCUCACUUUAGGCAGGAAAUGGUGAAAGCAUGCGGUCAAGAGUGUAGCCCGCAGGGCUGAGAGCUUUUCCCAUAAACCUAAGUGAUUUCAUUAUGGGGACUGUGUUGUGGCAGGUGUCUGUGUGAAGUUCAUUAAAAUGGAAGUCCCCACAAACCACAGUCAUCCGAUCCCCGUGAAGUUGUACUCAAGGUAAUGAGCAGCCAUCGCGUCUGUCUCUGUUAACAGGCAACCUGCAUUUUCACCCAAAUGCUGUUGAACUUGCGGGGUCAACACACCGUAUUGUGAAAAUGGAACAAACUUUAAACUCGUGUUGUCUCUUUUCUUAUGCAGUGAAGCAACUUCAGCAAAAGAAAGUAGCCAUCAUUAUUCUCCGUUUGUGCCUCUUUAACUUCGCUUCUGAUCUGAUCUCUGUCAAUGCACAAAGACUCACUUUACCUGGCAGUGGUCCAAACAGAAUAUCUUGUUUACUUUUUCUCAUUUAUUGUACACACACAUUCCAACAAAGCCCACACUCCUGUAAUUUCUUUGUUUUUAGUUUUUUUUUUUAUGUUUUAUUUUAUUUUUGAGACAGUACAAGUGGGGGAGGCACAGAGAGAGGGGGACAAAGGAUCUGAAGUGAGCUCGACACUGACUGCAGGACUGCAGCGAGCCGGAUGUGGGGCUGGAACUCAGGAACUGCGAGAUCAUGGCCUGAGCCGAAGUUAGAUGCUCAACCGACUGAGCCACCCAGGCGCCCCUCCAGUAAUUUCUAAUAACGUCAUAGCACACACGUGAUAGGGGUUCUCUAUAUGUUUGAAUAGCAGGCUACUAAACUGGGACUAUUUCCAUUUCACCUGGGGUCCUGAGACAAGAGGUGCCAGCCACCCUACUUUCAAGGCCUUUCCAGGGCCACUUGGAAAAGUUGUUAAGUAUCCCCUUUGCAGGACAGAGUGAACUGGUGCAACUGACUCACAACUGAACAUUCUCAAUGGCAAGAGAUUGGCAGGCUCUCUGGUCUGAUGGGGAAGAAGGGAUUGCUGUAUUGGGCUGGAAUGUCUACAGACAUGGUCAGGGCAAAAAACACACAAGUGCUUCCACUGGACGAGCGAGAGGUGACCUGAGUUGUCUCAAUCCUGUCCUCCAGGUGAUCCCUGCAGAAUGAAGAAGGCCUUUGCAUUUCCACAAAGCAUUGUAGAAUCAGCUUGUCAGUUUCCACACCAAAGAAAUGCUAGAGUUUGACUGAUUUCCAUGGAGUAUACAGACCAGUUUGGGGCCAUUUUUUAUCCCUACAAUACUGAAUCUUCAAUCCAUUAACAUGGUAUAUCCCUCUGUUUCUUUUGGUCUUUUGCAAGUUUUCUUAAAACCAUUUUGUGGUUUUCGGGACAGUAUUUUUGCGCAUCUUUCACUAGAUUCUUAGAUGUUUUAUAUUUAUGUUUGCUGGUAUGUAGAGAUUCUAUUAAGUUUACUAUGUGGACUGUUUCUAUUGAGUGGUCUUACUAAAAUAACUUAAAUUGUAA